UUCUUAUUGGCCGACUCCAGGUUCCAGCCCGGAAGCCGGUGCGGGGGUACCCGCGUGGCGGGCGGUGGGACGGAGGGGAGCGGGGCGGCUGCCCCGGCCCGUGACCCCUGCCCCCGCGGCGCCAUGGCAACGGCGUUCAGCAGCGACGGGGAGGCCGCCCUGCGGCGGGCGCUGGGCCCGGUGGCGGCGGCGCCGCGCGUGGACCUCGACGGCUUCUACGAGAUGGGCCGAGCCGCGGCCUUCGUGCGGGGCGGCGCGUUCCGCAAGGUCGCCCUGCAGUUCCCCGACGAGCUCCUGGCGGACGCAGCGGCGGUGGCAGCCCGCAUGGAGGCGACGACCGGCGCCGAGAUGUACGUCCUGGGGGACACCACGUACGGCAGCUGCUGCGUGGAUGAAGUGGCUGCCGAGCACGUGGGUGCCGAGGCACUGGUGCACUAUGGCCCAGCCUGCCUCAGCCCCUGCAGAAAGCUCCCGGUGCUGCACAUCUUUGGACGGCAGCCCCUGGACGUUGAGCGCUGUGCAGAGGUCUUCCGGGAGCUCUACCCUGACCGGCAGAGCCAUGUGGUGGUGCUGAGUGACGUGGUCUAUGCCCAUGCGAUGGGGGAGCUGCAGCAGCAGUUAUGCCAGGAGUACCCCAACGUUGUCUUCUCCAGGGUGGUGUGCGGGGACCCUCCCAGCCCGGUGCUGCCCAGGGAGGUGCGGCAGUUUGGCCGUUGGUUCCCUGUGGAGGCGCCGGGAGGGCUGCAGGACUGCGCCAUGUUCUACGUGGGAGCCGAGGGCCUGGCCCUCACCAGCUUCAUGCUCACCUGGAACCGCUGCCCCUUCAGCUCUUUUGACCCCGCCACCAGCUGUGGCCGCCGUGAGACCUUCAAUGUCAACCGGGCCCUGAUGCGGCGCCUCUACCUGGUGGAGCGGGCCCGGGAUGCCAGGGUGGUGGGCAUCCUGGUGGGCACACUCGGCGUGGCGGGCUACCUGACUGUGCUGCAGCACCUCCAGGAGCUGCUGCGCCGGGCUGGCAAGCGCAGCUACACGCUGGCUGUGGGGAAGCCGAACCCUGCCAAGCUGGCCAACUUCCUGGAAGUGGACAUCUUUGUCUUGGUGGCCUGCACUCAGAACUCCCUGCUGGACUCCAGUGACUACUACCGGCCCAUAGUGACCCCCUACGAGCUGGAGCUGGCCUGUAACCCAGCUCGGGAAUGGACUGGGAACUAUCUCACCGACUUCCGAGACCUGCUGCCAGCAGGUGCCUGCGCUCAUGUCGAGCUCCCGCCGGCAGGCUGCACAGAGGAGGCUGUUCCCGACGUCUCGCUGAUCACGGGGGAGAUGCGCAGUGUCCGUCUCUGCGACCCCCUGGCCCCCCAGCUACCCUCCAGUGCUGCCCUCGCCUGCAGGGACCAGAUGCGGGCAGUCGCGGAGAUCAGCCCUGCUGCCUCUUUCCUGGAAUCCCGCAGCUGGCGGGGCCUGGAGCAGCAGCUGGGGAAGACGCCUGUCUCCAAGGUCGUGCAGGGCCGGCGUGGGAUUGCCAUCGCCUACGAGGAUGAGGGCCGCAAGGAACCCUGAGGCUGUGGCAGCAUUGGCACCUGGCCAGGACCAGGGCAGUGCCAGAUGGAGGGGCCUGGACCUGGCCUGUCACAGGGUGUCAGACCUGCAAGGGUCUAACAACAGUCUGGACUUUGUUCCAGGUAGGGCAGGGAGCUGCCUCUAGCCGGCCCCACGCUGGAUGGGGCCCUGCAGUCUGUAGCACAGCAGUGGGAGAGGAGGUGCACAUAUGUUCAGUGAUGCCCACGGCAUGCUGGGGAGCACAGCCAGGGCAGCAGCUGGGCCAAUACAAGGCGCUUGGCCCAGACCUGGCCUCCAGGGCUCACUGCAUGGCCCAGUCAACAGGAGUUUUGGCACUACUGGGUAAAGGACACAAGCCUUGCAUGGAGCUGUCAGUGCUGGGACUCGGGACUUGUCUGGUUAUUGCUAUUAACUAAAGCUGAACUAAAAGGA